AUGUGUGGUUUGCUCGAUCGUCUCCGUGGAACUCGCUCGGAUUGGAAGAUUGUUGAGAUCCCCCGUUUUCUUCGCGCUUACACCUCUCACCUCCCCACGCCCCCAACCCCUUGCUACUGGCCAGUCAGGAGUCAGACAUUCCCCGCAGAUACGGGGGGACCAAAAAUGAGUAUCACGGGAGAGCUCGAGAGGACACUCCCCUCAUUUAAUAGCGUCCUCGAACGUGAGCUUGCCACGAAGCUGGUGUGCUGUUUUGGCCCUGUUGUCUCUGCCCCCGCCCCCGUCAUCCGCCACUCGUCAUCCGCUCAGACAUCAAGAUUGUCUCUUGGUCUCGAUGCGCCAUGCAGACUAUUUUAA